GACUCACUCAAGGAAAUAAUCAUUCCAAUAUGGUAUCAGUAGCCUAGGUCAACUCUCUCCUUUUUCUCUCUUUCUUUCUUCUUCUGUUAGCCGUUCGUCCCCCCUCGUCUGCCUUCCAUGGCUGCCGACAAGAACACCUAUCACUCGGCCUUCACUCUCAACAUUAAACAACAUCUCCCUCUCACCCUCAACCUCGAAAAUGUUCAUUAUUCAUCUUGGGCCGAACUGUUUAAAAUCACGGCUCGUGCCAAUCAAGUUCUUGAUCAUAUAAUUCCUCCGGCCGAACCACCAACUAUCACUGACAAGGAAUUAUGGGGACGCUUAGAUGCCAUUGUUCUUCAAUGGAUCUAUGGCACUAUUACUGAGGACCUUAUGCUCACCAUCCUCGAACCCGGCUCUACGGCUCAACAAGCAUGGGAACGUCUUCGCGACAUAUUCCAAGAUAACAAGCACUCUCGUGCAGUUUACCUUGAAAACCAAUUCUCUCAUACAAAUCUGGAGAAUUUUAAAAACGUUUCGGCCUACUGUCAAAAGUUGAAAAUGCUCUCUGAUCAAUUGGCCGGUGUUGGCUCGCCGGUUUCUAAUCAACGUCUUGUUUUACAACUCGUUGCUGGGCUCACAGAUGCUUAUGACCAUGUCGCUUCCUUUAUUCAACAAAGCGAUCCUCUUCCCCCCUUCUAUAAGGCCCGUUCCAUGCUUAUUCUUGAAGAAACCCGAAAAUCUCAACAAAUUGGGACGUCUGCCAACGUUCUAAUAGCCUCGGCCGAUUCUGCCGAACAUUCUGAUGAACCCUCGCCGGAUAGCUCCACGUCCGCUAAUCCUCGCCACCACUCUAACAGCCCCUCCCGUGGCCGCGGGCGGGGUGGCCGUGGCGGCAGCAAUCACAGAGGAGGCAGCAGGGGGCGUGGUCGUGGUCGCCAAGCUCUUCAGUCGCCCAGGUAUCCUCCUCCUGCCUACUACCCUUACGGGCCUUGGGGAUAUCCCCCUCCUUUGUAUGGGCCGCCUAGCUCAUGGGCAUCAGCCCCAUGCCCAUAUCCAGUCACUGCUGUGCGACCCACGCAGCGUCCUUCACCUGGUCCAGGGGUUCUCGGUCCGCGGCCCGCGCAUGCCUAUGCGGUCCUUACUGAGCCGAGUCAUGACUACACCGCUACGGAUAUUGAUACUGCUCUCCACACCAUGACCUUAAGCCCGCCUGAUGAUAGCUGGUACAUGGACACCGGUGCAACUUCUCACAUGACAGGCGAAUCAGGACCUUCGGACGGGGACUAUUCUUAUGAGAUGUGAUAGCUCGGGGGAUCUCUACCCCCUCUCUCCAGCUCCUCCACACAAUUCUCCUGCUUUUGCCGCCCUCUCCACCACCACUUGGCACAACCGUCUUGGCCAUCCUGGAGCUCCCGUUUUUAAAUCUCUUACUUCCAAUAAUUUGAUAUCUUGUACUCACAAUAAUAUGUCCUUUUGUCAUGGUUGUCAAAUUGGUAAACAUAUUAAGUUACCCUUUUCCCCUUCUAAUAAUAAAACUGUUGCGCCGU